CUCUCUCUCUCUGCGCUCCGCCGUGCCGCCGUCCCGCCGUCGAUUCCUCCUUCUCCGGCGCUGCUGGACUCCACACGCGAUCGCCGCCGCGCCAACGAGCCCCACUCACCCUCUGUCUUCUACCUCCCACCUCCUCGACCGCGUCGAGCUUGUCCAGGAUCCGAGAUGAUCUACGGCUCGGACGACCCUGAUAUCUCCUGUUUCCAUGCGUGGCGAAAGACCUGAUCAACCCUCGUCUUGUUCCGUGCUGGGUAAGCUUCUUGAGUUAGUGUAAAGAAAACACAUCUUUCACUCAAAACCUGCCCGAUGAAGGGAGCAUUUGCCGAAUCAAGCGGGACCUCGGCCUCCGCAGUGGCCGAAAGUUUCGCCGAGGAUAUCCUCAUCGAGAUACUCUUGAGGCUGCCGAUCAAGUCCUUGGGGCGAUUCAAAUGCGUCUGUAAACGGUGGUGGUCUCUAAUAUCCGACCGGGGCUUCGCCAAGUCACAUUUGGAAAGGCUAAAAGCAGGGGAUAUAAUCUCUAGUCAGAGAAUCUUCAAGACCAGGCCCCUCGAGACCAUAAACUACGAAUUGCUCGACGGCGGCAUCGGCGGCGAGGAUGAUCGCGCGGUGGUUAAGUUUCAUGAGCCAAGAAUGGACGAUUCUAGCUGGCCUCUGGAGCUGGUGGGGUCUUGCGAUGGCUUGGUAUGUUUAUCUGUCAUGGGUUAUAGCGGAUUUGUCCUCUAUAAUCCGACCACUAAGAAGUGUAGGAAUUUGCCCAGUUCCGAUCAUUUUCGACCAGAUGGGUUUCUCUUUGGAUUCGGAUAUGACUCACGAUCUGAUGACUACAAGAUAGUACAAAGCAAGGGGCGGAACGGUUUUGAAGAUGCGCAGGUGGUAAUAUUUUCGCUCAAAUCCGGUUCUUGGAGAACUACACAAGCCAAACUAGAAAGUCACCUCUGCCUCUACGAACGAGGAGAUGGAGUUUAUUGGAAAGGGGCAUUACACUGGUGUGGCCUCGACCGGAGCAAAGAGAAGGCUGAGGACGUGAUUAUAUCAUUUGAUUUGUCGGAAGAGAAAUUGCAGCAGGUACUUCGGCUCCCUGAAGUCAAUGGGGACAUAAGUUUUGAGGGACUUGGGGUUCACGGGGCCAAUCUGUUUGUGUACCACGGCAGCUAUAAGGACUGCUUCCAGGCGUGGAUAACGAGCGAAUACGGGAAAGGAGGGUCCUGGACAAAAUUAUACAAUUUCACUACUGAAGGAAUAUCUGGCUACAGUUUUUGGCGAAAAAUCCCUGUAGCAUACACAAGGAGUGGCAAAAUCGUUUUCCAAGUCGAUGUGUACCGGACGAUUAUGUUCAAUCCGGAGGAUAAUACUUACAAGGAUUAUCCAACCCAGUGCCGCCAUGAUGUCGAGUCUACCAUCUACAUGGAAACUCUUAUUUCUCCCUAUCUUGACUAUGAGCCAUCAAGAAUCUACAGCCUUUGCACUAGUGGAUUGGGUCUUAACGUUCUCGUUCUGAGUUUCCUUUUUUCUUAAUAAAGAGAUCUGGGCAUCUUGAGCUGUUGAAUGAUCAUGUGGACUUUGAAGAAGUAAUAACUCUGUCAAGUGUCUAUUAUGAGAUCUGGUCAGUCCUUAGGAGGUCCAUCAUUGUGCUUUUAGUACUCUGUCCUCUCCGAAUGUUUGGUUAGAUCUCUGCUCAACGAAUGUCCAUUCAAUCAUUUCUGUUUCGAUAGAAUACUCGCUUCACUAGCUAAUGUUGUCCAAUCUCAUUUGUGUAAAUUUCGCCAACCAUUAUGCAGUGAACAUUCAACUCUAA